UUGCUUUGUAUUCCUUUUUUCCUUAGUUCUCAGCUGUCCUGGACCAUUCAGUUUCGGGGAAAUCACUGGCAGACGUCUAUGCUGGCAUUUCAGGCAUCCCUCCCCAUGAGAGCAGAACCAAAGAAGAAGAAGAAGGUGGAUCCAAAGAGAGCACAAGUACAAAAAGACCGUAUGAAAAAGAAGAUAAAAAAACUGGAAAAAGCUUCACAGGAAAUGAUUCCGAUUGAAGAUUUUUUCACACCAACUAAAUUUUUGGAUGCUUCAAGAGUGCGUGAGAUCUCCCCACUGUCCUUUGAAGAAAGUGAAAGGCGAGCCCUACUCCUGAAGAAGUGGGCCCUGUACAAGAAGAUAGAGCAUGAUGCAGAGAUGGAAACACUGAAAUCUCUUAUGGUAGCUCAGGAGGAGGCACUAAACGAAUUGCGUCUUGAAUCAGAAGAACUUUACCAAGCAGCAAUAAAACGAGAUGAUGACCUAUUUCCCUAUGAGAAAGAGGGGCCUAGUUACACACCACAGAUUCCUGGCUAUGAGGCUCCUGAAGGGAAAUGCAUUGACGUUACCAAAGUGUACACACACUGAGAUCAGAAGACUCUGCCGCACAGCUGUCAGGAGAUACUCAGUGCAUUUAAAGGACAACACAAUGGGAUAAGAUUAAACUAUUCUGUCUGCUUUUUCUAAUAUCCCUAUGCACAUGGCUGUCAAAUGAAAAUAAAAACACCAUCUUGUUCUUG